CUCGGGCCAAUAUCCUUCAUUAAACAACCAAGCAAACAAAGCGACGACCCUUGACUUAAUUGAUGCCGUUGGAUCUCGAUCUUUGGUUUUUAAAGUUCUUUUUUAUUAUUAUUGCCAAAUGGUUUUCACAGAGUUAACUGGUUUUGUCAAGCACUGAUCGGCAGUCAUUAUGUUGUGCAGAACAGCACAUUUUCUUUGGUAAAGCAGACAGAAGUUUCAUUUGAACUUCAGUCCCUCCAUAGAUGAAUUUCUGUUCCACUGAGUCAUUUCCCUAAUAUAAACUUUGCCUCUGUUCUCUUCGCAACACCUGCAAAUUUUUAAUGGCUUCCUUACCAAACUAGCCUAAAGGAAGCAUAACAUGGCUGAGUCCGUGGUGUCUUUUCUUGUAGAAAGGCUUGCCGACCUACUUAUUCAGGAGGCUUCACUGCUAUGGGGAGUAGAGGAUCAAGUAAGGCAGAUGCAUAUCGAACUAAAACGGAUGCAAUGCUUCCUGAAAGACGCAGAUAAAAGACAAGAUGAAGAUGAGAGUGUUAGAAACUGGGUUUCAGAAAUAAGAGAUGCUGCUUAUGAUGUUGAGGAUGUGAUUGACAAUUUUAUUGUUAAAUUUGCAUCCAAGAAAGGUGGAAAAAUCCGAAAUACCGUUAUCCAAGGCAAGGAACUCCAUAAUCUUGCAUCAGAAAUUGAGAGGAUCAAAUCUAGAAUCUCUGACUUGACCAGAAGUUUGCAAACUUAUGGAAUAACUGCAAGAAAAGGAGAGGGAUCUAGCUAUGCAUCAGAGAGGCAAAGGCAGCUGAGAUGGUCUUACUCCCAUCUUGUCGAAGAGCAUAUUGUUGGGUUCGACGAGAACAUAGCGGUACUGAUCAAGAAGUUGGUGCCUGAAGAGGAGCGUUGCCGCGUGGUGUCUAUAUGUGGAAUGGGAGGUCUAGGGAAGACCACCCUAGCUAAGACCUUAUACCAUCACGCAGAUAUCAGGAGACACUUUGAAGCUUUUGCUUGGGCUUAUGUAUCUCAACAAUGCAGAAGAAGAGAUGUUUGGGAAGGAAUUUUGCUAAAGCUUAUCACCCCGUCUAAGGAGGAGAAGGAAGAAAUUUUGAGAAUGAGGGAUGAUGAGUUAGCAAAGAAGCUUUAUAAAGUUCAGCUACAGAAAAGAUGUUUGAUUGUAAUUGAUGACAUUUGGACCACUGAGGCAUGGGAGACUCUACAACCUGCUUUUCCUAAAGAAACAACUGUUGGUAGCAAAAUAUUGCUUACAAGCCGCAACAAAGAAGUAGCUUUGGGUGCUGAUCUGAGUCGAUUUCUUCAUGAACCACAGUGUUUAAAUGAAGAAAAGAGUUGGGAGCUAUUCCAAAGGAAAGCAUUUCCAUGGAAACACGAAUCAGGCUUUACAGUCAACAAAGAUAUGGAGAAUUUAGGGAGGGAAAUGGUGGGGAGUUGUGCAGGUUUACCGCUAGCUAUUAUUGUGCUUGGUGGGCUUUUGGCAACAAAAGAAACAGUGAAUGAGUGGGAUAUGGUGCACAGGAAUAUCAAGUCCCACUUAGCAAGAUCUCAAGGACGUGGAGAACAAGCUAGACUAUCUGAGGUAUUGGCUUUAAGUUACCAUGAAUUGCCUUACCAGCUGAAACCAUGCUUCUUAUAUUUGAGUCAGUUUCCAGAAGAUUUUGACAUCCCAACAAAGAAAUUAGUUCAGCAAUGGGUUGCAGAAGGCAUCGUAUCCUCACAAGAUGAAAAGGAAGUAGAUGGAACCAUGGAGGAAGUCGCAAAAAGCUACUUACGUGACUUGAUAAAUAGGUCCAUGGUUCAAUUGGGAGUGAGGGGCUCAACAGGAACAAUCAAAACUUGUCGCCUCCAUGACCUUAUGCGUGACCUAUGUCUGUCGAAGGCCAAACAAGAAAACUUUUUCGAUAUCAUUGAUCAUGCGGAUGGAAACAAAACUAAUGGUGAUGUUCGAUCUUCUGGAUAUUCUAAAACAAUGUCAGCAAGCAGAAUUCGCAGGUGUGCCAUCCAUUUGAGUCAUGUUCAAGAACCUGUUUUGCCAGAAUACCAGAAAAAUCCCAACCUUAGGUCCUUAUUCUUUUUCCGUCCAAAAAAACAUAGAUUACAUGAUGGACGGCUUUUGAAAUCUGUGUUUGACAAAUUCAAAUUGCUUAAAGUGCUAGAUCUUGAAGGAAUUAAAGGACUUGAUGAGAAGUUACCAAAAGAUGUAGGAGCUCUAAUUCAGUUGAGAUUUUUAAGUUUGAAGAAAACACGAAUAAGAGAAUUACCAUCAUCUCUGGUCAAUCUGGUUGGCUUGCAGACGCUGAACUUGCAAACCAUUGAUAAAGUGUCAUGGGAAUCAACUGUACAAGUGCCAAAUAUGAUAUGGAAGAUGGACCAGUUGAGACAUCUAUAUCUGCCUAAGUGGUGUGGUAACGUUACAGAUAAGUUAACGUUGGCUAAUCUGAGCAACUUGCAGACUCUUGCAAACUUUCCUGCUAAUAAAUGUGAUGUUAGGGAUCUUCUCAGAUUGACCAACCUCCAGAAACUUGUUCUGAAUGACCCUAGACACUUUGAAACGUUUGUUGAAAUCUUUGAACCUCCAAAUAACACAUUGCAAUACCUCAUGUCCCUGUCUUUAAAAACUGACCUCCUUUCCUUUCCCAAUAAGGUAGUUAAUUUAAGGCGACUAUUAUCUGGCUGCCCCCGUCUUUCCAAGCUGCAUGUAGAAGGGAGAAUAGACAACUUACCCAAAAACAAUCAAUUCCCUUCAUCUCUCACCAAGUUAACUUUAUGGGGAUCUAGACUUGGUGAAGACCCAAUGGAAGCUCUUGGGAAGCUGCCUUACUUAAAGUACUUCAGUGGAUGGGAAGUAUUCAUUGGAAAGAAAAUGAUUUGCUCUAAGGACACUUUCCCUCAACUCAAAACUUUACUUCUUCGGGGGUUGCCCAAUUUUGAGGAGUGGACAAUUGAAGAAGGAGCUAUGCCUACUCUAAGUCGUCUGGGUGUUUCAGAUUGCUACAAGUUGAAAAUGGUUCCAGAUGGGCUGAGGUUCAUCACUACCCUCCGAGAACUAGAGAUUAGGUGGAUGUCUAGAGCAUUCAAAAGUAGUCUCGAGGAAGAUGGGGAAGAUUUCUACAAAGUCCAACACGUGCCUUCCAUUGUGUUUUCGAACUAAGCCAAAAUUAUGGUAGAUCCUUUUUGCUGCUGGAACUUGGAAUUUCAACUGGCAAAGUUUACUCUUAAGGGCCAGAUUUUCUCAUCAACUUUUCUGUGAUUGGCAUGAAAUUGUUACUGUUAUUAGAUGUUGCAAGAAACAAAUUAGAGAUUGGAUUUGCAGAAGACACACCUGUUCAGCUUGUUUCCAAAGCUAAUGCCUAUGUUGUCUAGGAUGGAGUUUGUAAUUUUCAUAAGAUUGAUAUGAGUCUUUAUGAGAGUAUGAAGACUGAUUUCGGACUUAUUACUUUAUCUUUUGUUCUAUAUGAAUUGUAGUAUUAUCGUCUCGUUGUUAGGACCCUUGUGAUCUAUUAUAGCUGUUGUUUCUUCUUUUUGGAUUAUGACACUUUCAUUUAUCCAAUAAAAAAAAGGAAGUUCUACUUUCAUA